AAAUUCCCUUUCUUGCUACUCUCAACAAAACACAUCAUGUUAAGACAAGUUCGCUUUUUAUCAAACACCCCCAUCAGAUUAACCAAUUACGGAUUCAUUGGACUUGGACAAAUGGGUCAACACAUGGCCAGACACAUUUACAACAAGUUGGAACCAACUGAUAAAUUGUAUGUUCAUGACACUGUUCCUGAAGCUACUACCAAGUUUAUUGCCGAUGUCACCAAGAUUACGCCGCAAAAUGCAUCCCAAUUGAAGCCAUUACCUACGCUUGAAUCGUUUGUCACUGAUGUUGAUUCCCAGUUGGAUUUCAUUAUCACUAUGGUCCCCGAGGGUAGACAUGUUAAAUGUAUAGUUAAUGGGUUGGUUGAAAGCUACAAGAAGUCAGGCAAGGACUAUUCGCAACACUUGACCACCAUUAUCGACUCGUCAACCAUUGACAUCCCCACUUCAAAAGAAGUGCACGAGUUUGUUCACAAGGAAAUCCCCAAUUUCGACUUUAUCGAUGCUCCGGUAUCUGGUGGUGUCAAAGGUGCAAGAAAUGGAACCCUCUCGUUUAUGCUCUCGCGUCCCAACCACGAAAGUAUGGCGCCCAACUUGACCAACUUGCUCUUAAAAAUGGGUGCUAACAUUUUCCCAUGUGGUCAUGAACAUGGUACUGGUCUUGCCGCAAAACUCGCUAAUAACUACUUGCUUGCCAUCACCAACCUUGCCACAGCUGACUCAUUCCAGCUUGCCAAGUCGUUCGGGUUAAACUUGCAAAGUUAUGCCAAGUUAAUUGCCGUGAGUACCGGUAAGUCCUGGGCAAGUGUAGACAAUUGUCCUAUUUCUGGUGUAUACCCUGAAAAUAAGCUUCCCUGUGAAUCCAACUUCCAAGGUGGAUUCAUUACUAAGUUGACUAGAAAGGAUGUGGUGUUAGCUACUGAUUGUGCCAAGUAUCAGAAUAGAUUUUUGUUCCUCGGUGACAUCGGAAGAUAUUGGUAUGACAAGGCUUGCGAACGUGAUGACAUUGCCAAGAGAGACUUGGGUGUCUUGUAUGAAUGGUUAGGUGACUUGGAACAAGAUGCCGAAGGUCAUGUACUUGACAAGAAGAGAAAGUAGGUUAGUUGCAAAUUAUAUAUUUAUUGCUGCGAAAUUUUCAUAUUUAAUGUAGUUACAAAAAAGAAGGGUAAUGCAAAGUAUUAUAUAAUGUCAUAUCUAGGAAUCAUAGCCAGUGUUCCGUAUGCUAUAGUAGUUUUUAUUUAUUGAUCACCAAUGACAAAACCAAUCUUGAACCCCGGAAUCUCAUUUGUCACAUCCUUAUCACUAUCAACCGAUCUUUCCCUCGUGCUAUCCUGCGGCACAAUUCUAUCUUCCUCCUCUUGCUCUUCCUGGUAAUGUCUAGAUAUCCGUGGAUUCCUCAAUUGAUGCAAGCUAUGAUUCAUUUCAUGAAACUCGUGCGAGCUCUCUUCAUCAAUGAACCCAAUCAAUUUGGUUGGCUGGGGAUGCCGAUAACUCAAGUCAAAAAUAGACGACGUGACCGAUCCUCGAGUCUCUGGUGGUGGUUGCUCAUUACUGUUGGAAAGGUCCAACAACGGCAUGGUUUGAUCCAACGGAAUGUCAAAUGACGAGUUUCUCGACGUGGUGGGUGACGAUAAUCUGUGUGGUGGGAUAAUGGGCGAUUGUGGAUCGUCGGUUAUAUCGUGUUCUUCUGGAUCAAGCAAGGGUGAUCUAGUUGCUUCUUCGAUAUCAUGAACUUGGGAAGUUGCUGGUGAGAGUGGUGGCAAGAUUGGCGACCUUGGGUGAUCGGUUAUAUCUUCUGAAUUAUUGAGUAUGAUUUGUGGGGUUGAUCUAGCUGGCUCUUCAACAGCCUCGGUUUGUGGUGUGCUGGGAGUUUCAAUCACUUGAGGCGUGCCAUUAGCAGUUGAGUCUUGUGCAAAUUCAUCAUUUCCUGUAGUUGCUACUUGCGGUCUUGGAUUAUGUGGAACAUUAAUAACAAUCGAACUACCUUGAGAACUACCCGAAGAACUUGAAUUCUGCAGCUGGUAUGAUCCAGAUCUAUGCGUCUGAGCGAUACUUCUCGUCAACUGCUCUCUGAUUGGACUCAUGGCGGCUCCAUUAGUAGCCACAGGAUCAACUUGUCCAGCAACACUUCUUGCCAACAGUUCCCUAAUUGGUGCAAGAUUGCCCUCUCUGAUUGGCGAAAUAUCGUCAUCCAACACAUGCAUGUCGUAUGCUGGCGGAAAUGCAUUCAUUACAUGAUGGUCUAUCCCUGGUGGAGAAAUGUCUGCGUCAAAUGGUGGUGGAUUGACACUGGGUUUACGCAAGAUGUGAAUGGGACGCACCAAGGGGGACGAGUAUAUGUUCGGGUGUGGUACCGCUUGGGGUGAAUUCAUGGCGCGAAUAGUGGCUUCAUCCGGCGUAGGAUGGUACAAGUUUGCCAGCAAGUGCAUAUCGGCAUCCCUGGCCACCCCGUCCAAAUCUGUGGUGGUACUGAUGUGAUGGAAUUCGAUUUCUGGGGUAGCAGUGCC